AUGGGAAUACUAUGCUCACUUUGUAAAAAGCAAUACCCAAAAACGGUAAAAAAUAUAUAGAAGCUGCAUAACCUCGAAGCAAUCCUACAAAAUGACCACAGCUAUCCUUUUUCCUUAACCGAUCUUAAUGAAAGAAUCGAGUUUGUAAGAAAAAUUCAGAAUUCUUGAAGUUACCUUCAUCUUGCCGUUUGGCUCAGAAAAAAUGAAACAGCCUCAGCAUUAAUCCGUAUGGGAGCUGACACAUCAUUGCAAGAUAUUCAUGGAGAAACUCCCCUUCAUUUGGCAGCUCUACGCGGAAAUUAUGAAAUUUAUCAAGAAUUGAUUGAUGCGGGAUCAAUAGAUUCAUUAAAAAAUUUUGUAUUAAUUAUAUAGGCUGGGAAAACUCCUUAUGAAAUCGCUAAUGAGCUUGGGCUGACAGUCGCUACUUCCUCAAGUACAAAAAAUUUCAUAAGCCAAGGAUAUGAAAAUCCAAGUUUUGGGACUGAUACUGAUGAAGGGCUAUUAGGGAAAACUGUUACAUAUCCGAUCGCCUGGACAUAA